AUCGAAAAGUACGUGAAUCAUGCGCAAUGAGUCCAGCAGCGCUUUCGACAUCUCUGGCCAUCUCUCUCAAGCUAUCUGCAUUCGACCAGUGCGAGCAGCCGCAUUAGCAAGGGCCUCCCAGCUGUGACGCGCCUGCUCAGGGUUCUUCGUUCUCUUGUCGAGACUUCCCCACUUGGAAUCUCAACGCGACCACCCCGGAAACGAUACAUCGGCCACAUUCCAGCACCCGCCACCACAACCCGCAACACCUCGCAUCCCUCGCUCAAUAAAUUCGCCGGGUGCCGUCCCGGGACACGCCCUAUGGAUCAAUCACCAUCUCAGUCGCCGCUCACACAACCUGAUUCUGAAGAACCAGAGACAAGUCGUCGAGAAAGGAUGUUACACGAAUUUCCGCGUGCGCACGUGACCAACCUCGGAGGUGGUACGAUCGGUCCCGUCUACCUCACUUGCGCGCAGGAUGGAAAGGUUCUCUUUGCCGAGGCCCGGUUAUAUCAUGCGCCUUUCACACACAUGGUCAUCGACUCGCCGGCGCUUCUGAGCAUGUUCAAGAGUCCCACACAGAGGGUCGACAUCGAGGCCUUGGGCCAUCCGUGGCCUCGAUUCCGCCUCGAGCCUCGCGAGAAAUUCAAUUUCGAUGUUGCGCGGCUAACGCGGGAAGAGUACGUGCGAUCUGGGAACAAGUUAGAGUACACUGUGAAGGGCAGCCCAUACGUCUCAACAAUGGAAGUCACGGCAACUGAGCCGGCCGCGAGGAAGAGAUCGCAGCCAAUCGUCUCGAACGAAGUUCAAGGCACACGACAUUCUGAGCGCACGUCGGGAAGGAAGAAAAGAAUAUCUAGCGAUACGUAUCAGAAACAAGUCAGUCUGCCAGUUACAUCACCAGCAAGUCCUUCACCUGGCGCAUCUGGAGUUUACACUGUCGCCACAAAGCUCGAUGAGACCCAGGCGGAAGCCGUCAUUGGCAAGAUGGCUGUUCUCAAGGGGAAGAUAUUCGGUAUGCUAUCCGCUGACGAUCGGUCCACGUAUGAGUGGGUCCUUACGACAGGGCUGAAGAGGCAAGGGAAGGAAGGAGCAAAAUUCAGAACCAUCGUUGCGGACAAGCUGCGAGAGCUUAUGUUUUCGCAAGGCGAGAGGUCGAAAGAGCUACAGACAUUGCAUAACCAAUAUGCGGACUUGCAACGGCAACUGGAAAAGAGAUGGCCGUAUCAUCUGCCACAUAUCGAAAAGCUUAUCGUCUAAAAGGAGGCAUGCUGCUGGUGUUAUUUAAGUUUUCGGUGGAUUUGUACUAUUAGCAUCUUCCAGGCGAGUACUGGUGUCAGGAUAUGCAUAUUCGCUUGGAGUUUGGGUAUGGUAGCCGUCGG